AUGUGUGGUGGGAAAAGUGAGUUGUCUCACCUGCUGCUUCCCUCACUGCCUGCAGGUUAUCCGGUACCUUACGUGUUCUUGGCAGACGAAGCUCAAACCCUUGGCUUCUCAGCCGAGGCAUCGGCCAACCUCCUCGUCUACCUGUCCUCUGUCAACACUGUCGGUCGGGUAAUGGCGGGUGAGUGUCUAGAUCCGCCUUUCCUCCUCCCCUCCUUGCUAUCAACUAAAUCUUAA